AUGGCGCAGCAGGGUCCCCUUUCGGCCACUUUGGACCGCAUAGUCCAGGACCUACGCUCAAAACAUGACGAGACGCGACAGCGAGCAGCAACUACGCUGCGUCAGACAGUCGAAUCGGCGCAUCGAGAACUCGCGCCCAAUGUCUUCACGACAUUCAACAACGAAGUAUACACAAAGAUCUCGGGCCUCAUCGUCACCGGUAGCGACUCGAACGAACGCAUCGGCGGUAUCCACGCGCUCAACGCCCUAAUCGACUUCCGCGGUGACGAUGCGGGCCAGAAGACGACGCGGUUUGCCUCAUACCUUAGGGCGGUAAUGCGGGGUCAGGACAUCACAGCUAUGGUGGUAGCAGCCAAGGCUCUGGGAAGACUCGCAAAGCCCGGCGGCACACUCACGGCGGAGCUGGUCGAAGCAGAGGUCAAGGGCGCAUUGGAGUGGCUGCAGCUGGAGCGCCUGGAGAAUAGACGCUUCGCUGCCGUCCUCAUCCUGCGAGAACUGGCGAAGAACUCCCCAACGCUCAUGUACCAAUGGAUUGCGCAGAUCUUCGAGGUCAUCUGGGUCGCCCUGCGAGAUCCCAAGGUUCUCAUACGAGAGUCAGCCGCCGAAGCAAUCAGCGCGUGUUUCGAGAUCAUAUCCCCCCGCGACUCGCAAAUGCGCCAGCUAUGGUUCGGUAAGGUCUACGAUGAGAUUCUACGCGGUUUCACCAUCAACACAAAUGAAGCGAUCCACGGCUCACUCCUCACCAUGAAGGAGCUGCUGGACAAGAGCGCCAUGUUCAUGAAUGACCAGAAAUACAAGGAGACGGUUGAGCAGGUACUGAAGUACCGGGAGCACCGCGAUGCGCUGGUACGGAGAGAGGUGGUACUCAUUAUACCUAUUCUCGCUGGUUAUUCGCCUACCGAGUUCGCGACCAAGUACCUACACCAGUGCAUGCUACAUCUCCAGGGUCUGAUUAGGAAGGACCGCGACCGAGACAAGGCAUUCGUGGCCAUUGGGCAGAUCGCAAACGCUGUCGGAGUGGCCAUAUCGCCAUACCUGGAAGGCAUUCUGGGCUUCAUACAGGAGGGCCUCAUUGCGAAGGCACGAAACAAAGCCGCUAUCAACGAAGCGCCGAUAUUUCAAUGUCUCAGUAUGGUUGCGGCAGCCGUCGGCCAGGCACUCACCAAGUCUGUCGAGCGGUUACUGGAUCCCAUCUUCUCUUGCGGAUUGAGCGACUCGCUUUUCCAGGCUCUUGUGGAUAUGGCACAUUACGUACCUCCAUCACGUCCUAUGAUCCAGGAUAAGCUGUUAGAUCUCCUGAGCCAGAUCCUCGCUGGACGACACUUCCUACCCCUCGGCAGCCCAUUUCAAGUCUCACAACCUCCACAGAUCUGGACACGCGACCACAAGGAUCCUCAAAUCAUCGCAUCGCGAGAGGCAGAGAUUGCACUGGCACUACACACGCUCGGUAGUUUUGACUUCACUGGCCACGUGCUGAAUGAGUUCGUCCGCGACGUCGCUAUCCGAUACGUUGAAGCAGAUAAUUCGGAGAUCCGGAAGCGUGCCGCUUUGACAUGUUGCCAGCUCUUCGUCAAGGACCCUAUUGUUCACCAGACUAGUACCCAUGCGACCAAGGUGGUUGGCGACAUCAUCGAAAAGCUCCUGACGGUCGGCGUAGGCGAUGUCGAUCCGGAGAUUCGAUGGGAUGUUUUGAUGGCACUGGAUGCACGUUUCGACCGCCAUCUCGGAAAGGCAGACAAUGUCCGGACGCUAUUCCUCGCUCUAAACGACGAGGUCUUCGCUAUUCGAGAAGCAGCAAUGUCCAUCAUUGGCCGCCUCACAGCCAUCAAUCCUGCUUACGUCUUCCCUUCGUUGCGCAAGGUUCUCCUACAGCUGUUGACUGAGGUCAACUAUGCCAACAGCCCUCGUAGCAAAGAAGAGAGUGCCAAGUUGAUUAGUAGUCUGGUUGGCGCCGCGGAUAGUCUCAUCAAGCCACUGAUAGACCCCAUCGUUGAGGUUCUGCUACCCAAGUGCAAAGACCCUAACCCUGAGGUUGCUUCGACAACGCUCAAGGCUAUUGGUGACCUUGCAACAGUCGGCGGUGAGGGCAUGAUCAAAUACAUCAAAGAUCUCAUGCCGGUCAUCCUAGACUUUAUGCAAGAUCAGACAUCAGAUGCUAAGCGCUUCUCGGCUCUAAAAGCUCUCGGACAGCUAGCAACGAAUGCUGGCUACGUAAUAGAACCAUACAGGGACUAUCCAGAGCUAAUGAACAUUCUAAUGAGCAUCGUCAAGACGGAACCGGAAGGUGAACUCAGAAGGGAGACUGUUAGGCUCAUGGGUACCCUCGGAGCCCUGGACCCAGACGAGUACCAGAAGAUCAUGGAACAGUCACCAGACAAGCAUCUUAUCUUGGAAGCACAAGCCAUCACUGAUGUCUCACUCAUCAUGCAAGGCACGACUCCUUCGAAUGAGGAGUACUACCCUACAAUCGUCAUCAGUACGCUCAUGGGGCUACUUAAGGAUCCGUCGCUCGUGCAGUACCACACUGCGAUUGUGGAGGCCGUCAUGAACAUCUACGCGACGAUGGGAUUGAAGUGCGUCCCCUUCCUCAGCCAAGUCGUACCUGGCUUCCUUCACGUCAUUCGAUCAACGCCAGCUGGACGCUCUGAAGGUUAUUUCAACCAGCUUAGCCAGCUUGUUCGAAUCGUUCGCCAGCACAUCCGGCCGUAUCUUCCCAGUAUUCUCGCCACCAUCAAGGAAUACUGGAGUAGCAGUCCGCAGCUGCAAGCCACCAUCCUCUCCCUAAUCGAGGCUAUCGCACGGUCGCUAGAAGGCGAGUUCAAGGUUUACCUGGCUGAUGUUCUACCACUUAUGCUCAGUGUCCUCGAUUCCGACCACACCAAUAAGCGAUUGCCGUCAGAGAGGGUGCUGCACGCGUUUCUGAUCUUUGGAUCAAGCGCGGAAGAAUACAUGCAUCUGAUCAUUCCAGUGAUGGUCAAAAUGUUCGACAAAGCAGGCCAACCCAUACAGAUUCGAAGGCAUGCUAUCGAAACACUAGGACGCUUAUCCAAGCAAGUCAAUGUUUCCGAGUUCGCUGCACGUAUUGUGCAUCCCCUCUGUCGAGUCCUUUCUGGUAACGAGCCAAGCCUGAAGCAGACCGCUCUCGAGACGCUCUGUGCACUUAUCUUCCAACUUGGUCCGGACUACAUCCAUUUCGUACCGACAGUCAACAAAAUUCUCAUUGCGCACAAGGUGCCACAUGAAAACUACGGGCGUAUUGUGUCAAAGUUACAGAAGGGCGAGCCCUUGCCUCAGGAUCUCAGCCCGGAUGAGCGAUACGGCGAAGACGAUGAAGACAUGAACACCGCGGAGAUCUCUUCUAAGAAGUUGGCGGUCAACCAGCAGCAUCUCAAGCAGGCUUGGGAAGCUUCUAACAAGACUACCAAGGAAGACUGGAUCGAAUGGAUGCGAAGAUUCAGCGUUGAGCUUCUGAGGGAAUCGCCACAACAAGCGUUACGCGCUUGCACACCGCUCGGUAGCGUAUACAACCCCAUCGCACGCACCUUGUUCAACUCGGCGUUCGUCUCGUGUUGGACCGAGCUCUACGACCAGUAUCAGGAAGAGCUUGUUCGAUCCAUCGAGACCGCACUCACGUCGCCCAACAUCCCACCUGAGAUUCUUCAAGUUCUGCUCAACUUGGCAGAAUUCAUGGAGCACGAUGACAAGGCUCUACCUAUUGACGUGAGAAUACUUGGUAUGUAUGCUGGCAAGUGUCAUGCUUUUGCCAAAGCACUACAUUACAAGGAGCUCGAGUUCAACGCGGAGCAGAAUUCCAGCGCUGUGGAAGCCCUCAUCAGUAUCAACAACCAGCUACAACAGACCGAUGCAGCGUUCGGUAUUCUACGUAAGGCGCAGAACUACGCCGACGUUGAAUUGAAAGAGACUUGGUUCGAGAAGUUACAGAAGUGGGACGAAGCGCUUGCUGCCUACCAGAGGCGUGAGCUCGAAGAACCCGACUCAUUCGAUGUUACCAUGGGCAAGAUGCGCUGUUUGCACGCUUUGGGCGAGUGGGACCUGCUCUCGAGUUUAUCAAAGGAGAAGUGGGCCAAUGCGACGCAGGAGUAUCGUAAGGCGAUAGCACCGCUUGCUGCGACGGCCGCUUGGGGUCUGGGCAAAUUUGCGGAUAUGGACAACUACCUCGGCGUCAUGAAAGAGCAGUCGCCUGACCGUGCCUUCUUCGCCUCGAUUCUUAACAUUCACAACAACCGCUUUGAGAUUGCUGUCGACGAGAUCGCCAAGGCUAGGAAGGGUCUUGACACUGAGUUGAGCUCGCUCCUGGGAGAGUCAUAUCAGCGUGCCUACUUGCCAAUGAUUCGCGUGCAAAUGUUAGCAGAGCUCGAGGAGAUCAUGCAGUACAAGCAAAACGAUGGCAAUCUCGAGAAGCAGAGGAGCAUGCGUAAGACCUGGAUGAAGCGGCUUAGAGGGCUGCAACCCAACCCAGAAGUCUGGCAACGCAUGAUCAAGGUGCGACAACUCGUCAUCUCACCAAAAGAGGGCACCGAUAUGUGGAUCAAGUACACCAACCUUUGCCGCAAGAGCAACAGGAUGAACCUUGCGAACAAGGCGCUACAGAAGUUGCUUGACAUCGAGAGCACUGGCGACAGCACUGUAGUUGAGUUUGUGCGCAACAACGCUCAUGAGAUCUCGCACCCAGUCGCAUACACAACUUACAAGUACAUGUGGGCCGAUCAGAACUUCAAGCAGGAGGCUCUCGAUAGUAUGAAGGACUUCACCGGCCGACUCUCUGAGGAUCUCGCAAUGCGAACUCGGGCUGCGGCCAAUCCAAUGAUGGCGCAGAAUGGAAUGAACGGUAUGUCGAAUGGUCAGCACAUGUUCACCAACAUGAACCCUUUUGCUGCCACCAACGGACACAAUGGAGUCAAUGGUAUGAAUGGCUCAAGCAUGCUAAACGGGUCAUCCAUAGGUGUCUCGCCUACUGAGCUGGCCGAAAGCCAUCGCCUGCUCGCCAAAUGCUACCUCAAGCAGGGUGACUGGCAGCAAGAGCUUCAAGACGGCGAAUGGGAGCACGAAUUUGUCCACGAAAUACUAGCCGCUUAUGCAGCUGCCACACGCUACAAUAAAGACUGGUACAAGGCCUGGCACGCUUGGGCUCUCGCCAACUUCGAAGUCAUCAAUUCUAUCACAUCAAAGUCCGACCGGGAGGCAACCGAAGUGCCUAAUAACAUCAUCCACGAUCACGUCAUCCCGGCUAUACAAGGAUUCUUCAAGUCGAUCGCACUCUCUUCAACUAGUUCGUUGCAAGACACGCUCAGGUUGCUUACGUUGUGGUUCAGUUAUGGCGGUAGAGAGGGAGUCAACCGCACCAUCACCGAAGGUACGAAGUCGGUUCCGAUUGAUACGUGGCUCGAGGUCAUCCCGCAGCUGCUUGCUAGAAUCAAUCAGCCGAACGCUGUGGUUAGACAAUCGAUUCAUCAGCUGCUCAUCGAAGUCGGCAAGGCACAUCCACAGGCUUUGGUCUUCCCAUUGACUGUCUCGAUGAAGUCGGACGUUUCGCGACGUCAGCGAUCCGCCAAGGAGCUCAUGGAAGCUAUGCGUGAGCACUCGCCAAAACUAGUCGAACAAGCCGAUCUCGUCAGUCAUGAACUCAUUCGUAUUGCUGUCCUUUGGCACGAACAAUGGCACGAGGGUCUUGAGGAAGCCAGUAGGCUCUACUUCGGUGAUCACAACAUCGACGGUAUGUUCGCCACACUGGCGCCUCUCCACGCGAUGCUCGACAAGGGACCAGAGACUCUACGCGAGAUCUCAUUUAUCCAGUCUUUCGGCCGCGAACUCCAAGAAGCCCGCGAUUGGUGCAACACCUUCAGGACUUCUGGUGAGAUAGGUGACCUCAACCAGGCAUGGGAUCUCUACUACCAGGUGUUCCGCAAGAUCGCUCGGCAACUGCCAUCUUUGAUGACGCUUGAGCUGCAGUAUGUCUCGCCAAAACUCAAGGACGCGCAUGAUCUUGAGCUUGCUGUGCCUGGUACGUACCAAGUCGGCAAGCAGGUUAUCCGGAUCAUCUCGUUCGAGCCGGUAGCAUCUGUCAUCCAGUCCAAGCAACGACCUAGGAAGCUGGAGAUGCGUGGAAGCGACGGCAAAGCGCACACUCAUAUCCUGAAGGGACACGAAGAUAUCCGUCAAGACGAGCGUGUCAUGCAACUCUUCGGACUCUGUAACACCCUUCUUUCCAACGAUGUGGAGUCACGCAAGCGACAUCUUAAUAUCCAACGCUAUGCCGCGGUCCCGCUUAGCACGCAGUCUGGUUUACUUGGUUUCGUCCCUAACAGCGACACUCUGCAUGUGCUCAUCCGCGAGUAUCGAGAUAGCAGAAAGAUCCUCCUCAACAUCGAGCACCGCAUCAUGCUACAGAUGGCGCCCGACUACGACUGCCUCACGCUCAUGCAGAAGGUCGAAGUCUUCGGCUACGCGCUCGACAACACAACGGGUCAGGACCUGUACCGCGUCUUGUGGCUCAAGUCCAAAUCCUCCGAAGCCUGGCUCGACCGCCGCACAAAUUACACGCGUUCCCUCGCUGUCAUGUCCAUGGUCGGUUACAUCUUGGGUCUCGGCGAUCGCCACCCUAGUAACUUGAUGCUGGACCGAGUCACCGGCAAGAUCAUCCACAUCGAUUUCGGAGACUGCUUCGAAGUGGCCAUGCAUCGGGAGAAGUACCCCGAACGCGUACCAUUCCGAUUAACGCGCAUGUUGACAUAUGCCAUGGAAGUCAGUAACAUUGAGGGUAGCUACCGAACGACUUGCGAGCACGUUAUGCGGGUGUUGAGGAGUAACAAGGAGAGCGUCAUGGCCGUGCUUGAAGCUUUCAUACACGACCCCCUCCUAACCUGGCGCCUAAACCACCGCGACAACUCCCCCGCCGAACCAAACUACCCCUCCGAACGCCGCCAAUCAAUCAUGGUCGGCGACCCCAACAACCCCAACGGCAACGACCCCCACCAAAUGCCCAGCAUCGUCGGCCGCCCCCGCCACCGCUCCUCCGUCGCUCCUCCCCAGAACAACGACGUCGACGCCAAAGAAGUGCAGAAUGCGCGUGCGCUGCAGGUCCUGUCGCGUGUCAAGGAGAAGUUGACGGGUAAGGACUUUGGCAAGGGCGAGGAGCUGCGCACAGAGAUGCAGGUUGAUAGGCUGAUCAAGGAGGCGACGAAUUUGGAGAAUCUAUGUCAGCAUUAUAUUGGUUGGUGUAGUUUUUGGUAG